AUGGCUGGCCAACUCACAUAUGGCGAACUCAUUCGCAAGCAGUUCACUAUUCAAAAGUUCUUCUAUCACAUUCUCUUCUGGGGAUUUCAUUUCGGCAUUUUCGCAUAUGGAUGGUAUAAACAAGCCGCCGAUCCAAGGCUGGCAGGUCUUAACACGCUGAAAUACUCUGUGUGGAUUUCUCGAGGUGCUGGUCUGGUGCUCAGCGUCGACUGCAUGCUGAUCCUGCUCCCCGUUUGCCGAACCAUUAUGCGAUGGAUCCGACCCAAGAUCCGCUUCCUCCCCCUUGAUGAGAAUCUGUGGAUGCAUCGCCAGAUUGCCUACUCUCUGCUAUUCUUCAGCAUUUGCCACACGUCAGCCCACUACGUCAACUUCUACAAUGUCGAGAAGAGGCAGAUUCGUCCCGUUACCGCUCUGCAGAUUCACUACGCUCAGCCUGGUGGUAUUACCGGUCACGUCAUGCUCCUUUGCAUGCUGCUCAUGUAUACUACCGCCCAUGCUCGUAUUCGUCAGCAGUCUUUCGAGACCUUCUGGUACACACACCACCUGUUCAUCCCCUUCUUCUUGGCUCUCUACACCCACACUGUCGGCUGCUUCGUUCGUGAUACCGCCAAUGGAUUCUCUCCAUUUGAUGGUGAGCAAUACUGGUCGCACUGCAUUGGUUAUCUUGGAUGGCGAUGGGAGCUCUUCACUGGUAGCUUCUACCUGAUUGAGCGUCUGUAUCGCGAGGUUCGUGCCCGUCGUGAGACCAAGAUUACUCGUGUCAUCAGACACCCGUAUGACGUCGUCGAGAUUCAGUUCAACAAGCCUUCCUUCAAGUACAAGGCCGGCCAGUGGUUGUUCCUUCAGGUGCCAUCCAUUUCAAAGUACCAGUGGCACCCCUUCACCAUCACCUCGUGCCCGUUCGAUCCCUAUGUCUCCGUCCACGUUCGCCAGGUCGGUGACUUCACCAGCCAGCUGGGAGACGCCCUUGGUGCCGGUGCCGCUCAAGCCAAGUUCUACGACGGUGUUGACCCCAUGGGUAUGUACGAAGUCGCUUUGCAAAACGGCCAGCAGAUGCCUGCUCUGCGCAUUGACGGCCCCUAUGGAGCUCCGGCUGAGGAUGUCUUUGAGAACGAAAUUGCUGUCCUCAUCGGAACUGGUAUUGGUGUUACUCCUUGGGCUUCCAUUCUGAAGAACAUCUGGCAUCUCCGAAACUCUCCCAACCCUCCCACUCGUCUUCGUCGUGUUGAGUUCAUCUGGGUCUGCAAGGAUACUGGCUCUUUUGAAUGGUUCCAGACACUGCUGUCUUCUCUCGAGGAGCAAUCCAACGAAGCUGCUCGCGUCCCUGGAAGCUCUGGUGUUGAAUUCCUCAAGAUCCACACCUACCUCACCCAGAGACUUGACAUGGACACCGCCCAGAACAUUGUGUUGAACAGUGUGGGUGCCGAGAUGGAUCCCCUCACUGAGCUCAAGUCACGGACUCAGUUUGGUCGACCCAACUUUGCCCGCCUCUUCAGAACUAUGCGUGAUGGUAUCCUCGACAGGACCUAUCUCGGCGGUCUCGAGGGUAGCAUGAAGACGACGGUCGGUGUUUACUUCUGCGGUCCUUCUGUUGCAGCUCGUGAUAUCAAGACUGCCUGCAAGGCUGCCACGGCUCGCGAAGUCGAGUUCCGCUUCUGGAAAGAGCACUUUUAA